ACAGUGAUCUGGGAGGAGAGAGGGGAAAAUGUGCGUCCACGUUGGAAUCUGAAUCACUUUCCUGGAUGCUGUUUUCCUCUGUCUCCACAUUCUCUGGGCCCCAUAAAGUGAAACCAAACAUCUGGAGCCAAACUAAACGUACGCACAUUUCCAGAGAAGAGCGUGUUUUAUGUUGCGGCGCAUGUGUCUCAUGUUAUGGAGUGUGCACAUCAUGAGUGGGUGGGCCAGAGAUGAUUGUUUAAACCCAGCCCUCCGCUUGGUCACAGCUGCCUUUGACUCUGCUUCUCCUUCACUUUUUCAUCCAUUCGCUUGAAGCACUGAACGAGUGCAAACAGUCAGCAGGGGGAGAGCCAGAAAACGAGAGGAGACACGUGCGAGCAGAGAGCAGGGACUGGAGUUAUCCAGGACAUACUCUGCAUCUGCAGUUGAAGCUGUGACCAUACACCAGACCAAGAGGAGAGCAGCAACUGACCUGAGUGCAGCCGGACAGGUUGAGGUGGAGGAGAUUGUGGCAGCCCUUCCCAGUGGUCAGACCAACCCUGCAGAACUGAGGAUGCAUAUGACCUCCAGUCUCCUCUUCGCCUCCCUGCUCCUCCUCCUGCUCCCGAGCAUCGACAUGAAAAGGUCGGGAAAGGGAAGAGGCCUCAAAGGAGCACGACACAAACUCACAGGCAGCCGGGUCAGAAGCAAUGGGCGUCACAGCAGAUCAGGCGCCCACAGGCUUCUGUCAGGCAACUGCUCCGAGUCAGCAGAAUCUGGAGACGUCUUUGUGGACUGUCAGGAACGAGGUCUGACCUCCGUUCCCAAUGCCCAAACCUGGUCCAGAGCACCCAAGCACCUCCUUCUAGCCAGCAACCGUAUCAAAGUCCUACGUGAGGGGACCUUCUUUGGAUAUGAGAGAUUAACUACUCUGGACCUGCAGCAGAACCAGAUCUCUUCAAUUGAGGAUGGGGCCUUCCAGGGCCUGGAAAAUCUGAAAACCCUUCUGCUGCAGCACAAUCGUCUGGAAACGCUUAACGAGGAGGCCCUCAUCCCCAUGCCAAACCUCCGCUACCUGCGUUUACACCAUAAUCCCUGGAAUUGUCUGUGCUCGAUGGACGGUCUUAUAAUCACCCUUCAGGUCCCAAGCAACCGUAAUUUAGGAAACCAUGCCAGGUGUGCAGCGCCCGUCAGGCUGAAAGACAGGAAGCUGAAGCAGAUUGAUCCUGAGUUACUCUGUAAGGCGUCGACCGGUUUCCCACAGGACGACACCCCCGGCCCAUUGGUGCCGGUUCCAUUUCGCAGCAAACCAGACAUCACCACAUCUUGCCACACCUACCACUUCCCCCAAAUACGAAUUGACUGCAGCAAGCGAGGUCUGACCGAGGUGCCGACAGGUAUCGCAGAGGACGUUGUUCGCAUUGAUCUGUCAAACAAUUUAAUCCGUCAUCUCAAAGCCAAAGACUUCCAAGCAGCGAGGAGCCUCAGAUUCCUGAACAUUAGUCACAACAACAUAGAGCACAUCGACACAGGGUCCCUGUCUGGGCUGCUGCACCUCCAUGAGCUGGACUUGUCACACAACAGCCUCCAUUUUAUCAAGUACGGGGUUCUCGAAGACCUUUACUUCCUGUCAGAGCUAAAACUGGGAGAGAACCCUUGGGUGUGUGACUACAGCAUCCACUACAUGGUGUACUGGCUGCGUCUGCACCCAAGAGUGAGGCAAUCUGGCCUCAUCUGUCGCUCCCCUCCUGAACAUACGGGGGAACGGGUGGAGGCCUAUGUGAAAUCCUACUACAUAGUGUGUCCAAAGGACAGACAGAGCAGCAGAACAGACCGAGAACAAACAGACCCUGCGCUUUGGCCCUCACCGAUGGAGGCGCAAGGAGAGCUGGAGGAGGAGGAGCUGGAGCCCAGCCACUUGAGGGUUCCGCAGAAAUACACAAUCUUCAGACUGUCCUGAAAAUAAAACCUGGACCCUGAUUGUUUUUGUUUUCCCCUUCCUAUCGUUUCCUUUCAUUAUAUUAUAAAACAGUCUGUAUCAGAUGGAGAAACGAUAUUUUUCAGUGCUGCUUUUAUGUGUCGUCAGUGUUGUGUAAUCCAAAUAUAAGAUUUGUCAACUUA